AUGAGCUGGCAUGAUAUGAAGAUGUGGCCAACUUGGAAAGACGUGUCACCUUGUUUUAGUGUUUUAUUUCCGCCCACUUUUAUAGCCAACGAGCUGAUCUCAUCCUUAUCAUCAUCAUUGCCCUUUGUUCAAGAUGAAACGGUUGUUGAGAAAGCGGAAACGGUUCAUAAAACGAACAACAAAGUAGUUUCGGUGUUUGCAGCCGGUAUGCGAGCAUUUAUAUAUCAAUUACAAAGCUUUUAUCUUAGAACGCCGGUGAAAUUGUUUCGACCUUCGAGAUUUGAUUACAUGGCAUAUGUCAGGGCAUUUGCUGAUCGUAUUGACAAUAUUCUGGAAAAACCAUAUAGGAUCAGAACUCAUUCUUCUAUAGGGAUGCUUGUGAAUGUUCUUCGAAAGCAGGGUUGGAAAUUUAUUCCUGAUAAUGUACUACCGCCGCUAAUUGCAAAUUCGGCAACGGGAUUGAUAUUGUACGGAACGUACUUGACUGCUUUGGACCAUUACACCAAAAAAAAGAGCCGGGGUGGCAAGCAAGCGGAUUUCAAUUGGUAUGCUCCAAUAGAUACCUGGCGCGCUGGGUUUGUCGCCGGUAUGGCACAAUCAUUAGCUGCUGCUCCGAUUGAUGCAAUCUACACGAGACUGUCAGUGUCUGAGAUGUUGGAAGGCUCUCAUGAGAAUCUAUGGAGGUUUGGUUUGAACAAACUCAAGGAAAUAGGACUUGUUGGGGUCUUUGCGGGCUAUGGGUUCUCCUUGAUCAAGGAGAGCUUUGGAUUUGCAUAUUAUUUUGCAACAUUUGAGCUUGUUAAAACUCAAGGGUACAAUAUUACAUAUAGAAUUAUAAAAUUCUAUAGAGACCAGGAAGAAAUGAUCAAGAAGAAAUUACAAAAGUGGUUCCAUUGGGACGAAGAGCAAGCUGAUGAGAAAAUGGAGAGACUAGAAAGGUAUCGUCUGGCAAAGUUGUUGAAAUCCUCGUUUGUUCUCUUGGCGGGGGCCUCGGCCGCUUUCUCUUUGCUUGCCAUCCAAUACCCAAUAUCAAAAGUACAAAAGAUUCAUUUGUCCAGACUCGAAGCCUACGAUUUUUAUAAUGCCUCAACGAGAAAAGAAAAGCCCUUUUUCAAACUUUAUUAUAACUCGUACAUUGACACAUUCAAUCAGGUAUUAAGAAUGAAGCGAAGAGCAAAAAUAACAUGGUUUCAAGCUGCAUAUAGUGGAUUCGCGAGGAAUGCAUUGACAACCAUUCCUGCAACAUCCAUAGCAUUGCUUGUAUUUGAAAUCACAAGAACAAGACUUGCAGACAAUUUCGACGACUACGAACUCCUUGAUGCAUGA